GCAGAGCAGGUCAGGAACACACAUCACAGCUGAUCAGAGAGGAUGGCUGCACCUCAGAGAGGAGAUCUGUCGGCACCCGAGAGGAAGAUCCUGCAAGUCAUUGCUGCAGGUGACGUACAGGAGGCUGCUCAGCUGCUCGCUAGCGAGGAAGUACGAGUCAACUGUUUGGACGAGUAUGGCAUGACUCCACUGAUGCAUGCAGCAUAUAAAGGCAAGGCAGAUAUGUGUCGUCUGCUGCUGCAGCAUGGGGCCGAUGUGAAUUGCAACUAACAUGAAUAUGGAUACACUGCUCUCAUGUUUGCCAGCCUGUCAGGGAAGACAGACAUCACCUCCAUGAUGCUGGAUGCAGGAGCAGAGACAGACCUGGUGAACUCUGUGGGUCGCACCGCUGCUCAGAUGGCAGCGUUUGUAGGCCAGCACGACUGUGUAACAGUGAUCAAUAACUUCUUCUCACGGGCAAGGCUGGAGUACUACACCAGACCACAGGGGCUGGAGAGGGAGCCCAAGCUGCCUCAAAGGCUGGCGGGGCCGCUGCACAAGAUCAUCAUGACCACCAACCUCAACCCAGUCAAGAUAGUCAUGCUGGUGAAGGAGAACCCUGUGCUGGUGGACGUGGAAGCUCUGGAGAAGUGUUACCAGGUGAUGGACCUGCUGUGUGAGCAGUGUGUGAAGCAGCAAGACAUGAACGAGGUGCUGGCCAUGAAGAUGCACUACAUCAGCUGUGUGCUGCAGAAAUGCCUGGCCUUCCUGCAGAAACAAGACGACAAGCUAGAUGCACUUGUCAAGAGCCUGCUGAGGGGGAGGGACAGUGAUGGUUUCCCACAGUACCAGGAGAAGUUCAUUCGGGACUGCAUCAGGAAGUUUCCUUACUGUGAGGCCACACUGCUUCAGCAGCUGGUGAGGAGCAUUGCACCGGUAGAGAUUGGCAACAACCCGACAGCAUUCUCCGUGCUGACCCAGGCGCUGACAGGUCAGAUGACGUUUGUUGAUGCCGACUAUUGUGCUACAUGUGGGGAGAGGGGAGCAGACAAGAGAUGCUCCCUGUGUAAAGCAGUGACUUACUGCAACCUGACCUGCCAGAAGCUCCACUGGUUCACCCACAAAAAGAUAUGCAGGAUUCUGCAGGAGCAGAACGCUGACCUGGAGAAGGACACUCCGAGGCUGAAAGAGCUGAAAGAUGAUGAAAGCGACCUGGUGCUGGAGACGGCCAACUUCCUGCAGGAGCUGUGUCUGCGGGCGGAGGAGAAGGUGGCUGCCGCUGGAGGCUGCCCUGCAGAGCUGCUCGCCUGUCCCUCCACUUCCACCGAGGGACCGUCCUGCACCCAAGACUGAGGCAGGACAACCAGCCGAGGACCCUGAACGACUCUGAGUCACCUGUUUUUGUGAAUUUUCACAAAGGUUACACAUGGAGAGGCGUGGCCGAGCAGACACCAUGUCAGCAGGAUACUUCCUGUUUCUAUAUUUCACAUCAAGCCAUGUAGUUUUAGAUCAGCAAAAGCUGAUCCUGGUAACUUUACACACUGGCAGCUGCUCAAAGUAAAGUCUUAGUAUUGCGAUUUUCCAAAUUAAAAAUAAGAAGCUGAUGCCAGAAAAUAUUCUGGUUAGUCUGAUAAGUGAAUGAUAGAUUCUAGUUCUAGCUUUUCUGGGAGGAACAAUCACUCAGUACUGUUGAAGAGACCGUCGCUAAACGUGAUCACAAAGAGUAUUAUUAAGGAGUUGACCUCCUACUUUCUCCACAUUCUUUUAGUGUUUUAGCAGAUACCUCAGAACAUUGUGAAUUAAUUUGCAUGUAGGUGAAAACAAAAUAUCAGUUGAGAACAGGUUUGUGUGCAGACAGAAGAGGAAGAGAAAAUCCUCCAUCUUUGGCCCAGUCAGGUGCAGGAGAGCCGGCUGUGACGGGCUGUGGUCAGGUAAAGAUAGAAGUGGGGCCCCUGUCCUAACUGUCCGUGAGCUGCAGCAGGAACUGCUCCGUGUGCGUCAGGCCAGGGACAUUCGGUGGACAUGGUCUCCAUCUCUCUCCUCUCCUUUCCUGUGAUCUCUUUGCUGUCAUUAGUUAAUAAAGACAUAGAUACAUCCUGUCCUGUUUCAGCUACUUACUGACUCCACAGAGGAACAUUGAUAUCGGACGACUCUGCAAAAUCCCAAAUUACAACAACAACAACAACAACAACAUUACCUAACUUAAGUUUUUCAAAUUCUCACUUUAAACACAUAUGCUCAGGUCUAAUGUGUACGUCUAAUGAACCACGCCUGAACCACAGUUAAUACUUUAUGUGGCAACACAAACAUCUGGCCACAGCUGGAGAAAGACUGGAGUUACUGUUAAUAAAAAGGGCAAAUGUUGGAGUAAACUCCAGAUGUGCAACAUGUCCAUCAACCUCACUCUCAACUUAGUGCCUCACUAAAUAAACACACACUACUUCCUGAUUGAUCCUGAAUGUCUGCACAUAUAAUGUGUGAGGUGCUGAAUCAUCAAUAUGGACAUAGACAUAGUGUUUACACCUUGUCAGUCCAGGACAGUGAUCAG